AUGCCCUUCUUGUCUGAACUUAUUACAGAUGGUGACAUCACGCAACCUAACCUCUCCCCUAGAUACGACACUUCGCACUCACCGGUGGAAGAUUGUAAUGUCUCCUCUACCGUGGCUCAAGAAGUGUCCAGGGUUCUCCUACCUCUCUUUGACAAAAGACUGGAGGUACUCCAUUCCUCUAUUAGCUCUGCCUUACAACUAAUUACUACAAACUCUCAAAAAAUCUCAGAUAUAGAGAAUAAACACGGAGCUCAGGAGAUAACCAUCUCCAACUUGGAACGCACCAUACAACAAUGCAGAGAAGCAGAGUCGGCUUUAACUGCUAAACUAGAGGACCUGGAGAAUCGAGAUCGCCGCAAUAACCUUAGAUUUAUAGGCAUCCCGGAGAAUGUCACUGAAGACGACCUACUCACAUAUCUUGCGGUGGACAUACCUGCGGCAUUGGGCCUGGAGAUGUCGACUGAUAAACUCCAUAUUGAACAGGUACACAGGAUUGGACCACCUAAACCAGCUGGAAUGGACAACCCAAGACCCCGUCCAGUCAUCGCAAAAAACGGAGAGCAUUUACCCCGAUAUGUCAAGGUCUCCACGACAGGGCGAUCUGAUUCCAAUUGCUUUAUCCGGCAAAAUUACGAGUUCUGGAGAAUGGCAGGCAACAGAUUUUUGAAGAUCCGCGUGAUGCCCGACGCCACUUCUGCCUUGAUCCAGAAAACUGAAGCCUGUAUCACCAUAAUGGGAGGGAACUUGGCCACGGUGCGCGGGCUCCCGGGUGACUGUACUGGGAGCUCAGAGGGACAAUUGAUAUCUACAGAUUAUAAUGCAGAAGAUCCGGGUCUCGCAUCAGAUACGUAUGAAGAUUGUGCCAUUAUCCCAGAUGUACCAUCCACUCUUCACAGCAAAACUCUGUCAUUUGAUCAUUUAACACAAAUCCGAUCUUCUGAUUCAUCACAGACUGUUAACCAGAAUGCAAGGCACAAAAGGAGUGUGGGAGCCCAAAGAGCUCAGAAAGGGAAGAAGUCAUAUCCAUGUUCAGAAUGUGGGAAAUGUUUUACUCACAAAUCAGAACUUGAGAGGCAUCAGAGAGUUCACACGGGAGAGAAGCCGUAUUCAUGUUCAGAAUGUGGGAAAUGUUUUACUCAGAAAUCACAUUUUAUAAACCAUCAGAGAAUUCACACAGGGGAGAAGCCGUAUUCAUGUUCGGAAUGUGGAAAAUGUUUUACUCAGAAAUCACAUUUUAUAAACCAUCAGAGAAUUCACACAGGAGAGAAACCGUAUUCAUGUUCAGAAUGUAGCGAACGUUUUACUAAUAAUUCAAAUCUUGCUAUACAUCAGAGAAUUCACACAGGGGAGAAGCCGUAUUCAUGUUCAGACUGUGGGAAAUGUUUUACUCAUAAAUCAAAUCUUCUGAAACAUCAGAGAAUUCACACAGGGGAGAAGCCAUAUUCAUGUUCAGACUGUGGGAAAUGUUUUACUCAUAAAUCAAAUCUUCUGAAACAUCAGAAAGUUCACACAAAGGAGAAGCCGUAUUCAUGUUCAAAAUGUGGGAAAUGUUUUACUCAGAAAUCACAUCUUCAGAGUCAUCAGAGAAUUCACACAGGAGAGAAGCCGUAUUCAUGUUCAGAAUGUGGGAAAUGUUUUACUCUUAAAUCAAAUCUUAUUAAACAUCAGAGAAUUCACACAGGGGACAUGCUACAUUCAUGUUCGGAAUGUGGGAAAUGUUUUAAUCAGAAAUCAGAUCUUCAGAUUCAUCAGAGAAUUCACACAGGAGAGAAGCCAUAUUCAUGUUCAGACUGUGGGAAAUGUUUUACUCAUAAAUCAAAUCUUCUGAAACAUCAGAAAGUUCACACAAAGGAGAAGCCGUAUUCAUGUUCAAAAUGUGGGAAAUGUUUUACUCAGAAAUCACAUCUUCAGAGUCAUCAGAGAAUUCACACAGGAGAGAAGCCGUAUUCAUGUUCAGAAUGUGGUAAAUGUUUUACUAAGAAAUCACAUCUUCAGAGUCAUCAGAGAAUUCAUACAGGAGAGAAGCCAUAUUCAUGUUCAGAAUGUGGGAAAUGUUUUACUAUGAAAUCCAGUCUUGAGAGACAUCAGCAAAUUUGCACAAAGGAGAAGCCGUAUUCAUGUUAAGAAUGUGACUGAUGGGCAAGCAUGUGAGCGGCUGUGCGUCGGCUGAGCUCCUGCACUACCCCAGCCAAUUAUCCUGCAAACAUUAGCCUAA